CAGUAAUGCGCUGUAACGCAGUAGCUGUGUGUUACCGGAAGUAGUUAAACGGCAACGGGAAUUUCCGGGUAAUUCGUCUCUACGUUUGUAUUCUUAAUGUCAGGAUAAAGUUGUCUCAGUCCACUUAAUGAACCUUCUCAGGCUUGGUUAGCUUGUUAACUGCCAACAAAGAGAACCGGGGGUUUUCAGCUCAUUGCUCCGUGUGAGUGUAGUGUCGUGGCUGCGUGAACAUGUGCAAGACACAAAUGCUGCGGACGUUGGUGAAUCAGCGACUAAAUGUGGCUGUCGAUGAAAUAUUUAUAGUAUUAGAAAGAACGAUAGCAGAGUUCGAGAAGGAACUUUCUCGAACAAAAGAGGACAACGAGCGACAACGUCAACUACUCGACGCUGUUUUCAACAAUCAGGUUGUGUUACAGAGAGCAGAUGUUUAUGAAGAACAUCUUUCGCCUGAGCAGCAGGAGUUCAUCGCCAGGGUGGAGCAGGAGCCGCCACAACCUCGCCACAUUAAAGAAGAAGACCAGCGUCACAGCCCAGAGGACCUGGAGAAGUUCCCAGAGAUUAGUGUCACUGUAAAAAAUGAAGAUGAUGGAGACAAAGAUGAACGUGAGGAGAAGCUAGAGGUGCAGCCUUCAAGCAGCAGCUCAACACAACACAUGACAACAGAAGCUGAUGGAGGAUCACAGGCAGACAAUCUCUUAGCUCCACUAUCAGAUAGGUACGACCCAACAUCCAACGCUCCUGACACUGAUGAUGAAGACCCUAAAGCUGGCAUGACAUAUCGCACUGACCACACAUACUUCAAAUGCUCUCAGUGCGACAAAACGUUUAAUCACCGUUGUAGUCUGAAAAGACACACGAAAACACACACAGGAGAAAAACCAUUUGUGUGCUCAAUUUGUGGCAAAACGUUCUAUCAGAAGGCCGAUUUUAAAAUACACACAAGAAUACACACUGGAGAGAAACCGUUUCCAUGUUCAGUCUGUGGUGCAGGUUUUGUACGUUCUCAACAUUUGAAAAGACACAUGAGAAUACACACCGGAGAAAACACAUAUUCUUGUGUAAGCUGCAACAAAAGCUUUUGUGAGCGAACAGCACUUGUAGUACACAUGAGAAGACACACUGGUGAGAAAGUGUUCAGUUGCAACGUGUGCAAUGAAAGAUUCUUUUAUAAGUACCAGAUUAACAAUCACAAGUGUGCUCAUGAGAACAGCAGCCGUAAAUGAAAUAUACUUUGAUAACAAUUGUAAUAUCAUUGCUGUGCGUAUAAAAUACUGCAACUGUUGUUCAUUUGCUUGUAACAUUUACAUGUCCUACAAAAGUGUUAUUUUUUUCAUCAUGAAAGGCCAAUUUAAAUUUUUGUUUGGCGGUAUAGCUCGGUUGGUAGAGUGGCUGUGCCAGCAACUUGAGGGUUCCAGGUUUGAUCCCUGCUUCCGCCAUCCUCGUCGCUGCCCUUGUGUCCUUCGACAAGACACUUUACCCACCUGCUCCCAGUGCCACCCAUACGCCAUUCUCGUCGCUGCCCUUGUGUCCUUCGGCAAGACACUUUACCCACCUGCUCCCAGUGCCACCCAUACGCCAUUCUCGUCGCUGCCCUUGUGUCCUUCGGCAAGACACUUUACCCACCUGCUCCCAGUGCCACCCAUACUGGUUUAAAUGUAACUUAGAUAUUGGGUUUCACUAUGUAAAAGCGCUUUGAGUCACUAGAGAAAAGCGCUAUAUAAAUAUAAUUCACUUCACUUCAAGGAACGUGAAAAGAAAAGAUGCCAACAGCUCUGCCAACGUUAUUGACUGUACUCCUGUGUCAAUGUAUGAUGGUGGUUGUAACUGACUAUAAAGAGACUUUGUGUGUUAUUGUAAAUGGAAAAGAAGUCAUUGUCACUCCAAGGGAGGGUCAUAACAUUUUAGCUUGCACUUCUGUCUGGCACCGUUCAUACGUACCAAAGGUUGAAUCUUGAUCACAAGCAGGGAGAAUGGGGCGGCUCCAACAACAGUGGAGUCCUGGAGAUAAAGUACAGUACACCAAUCAUGUUGUUGAAUUAAAACUAUGUUGUGUCAUUCAAGUCCGAUAAAAGAAAGUCAUCCUACAUUUCCUGAAAAGUGACACAUGAUUAUGUCCAGAGUAUGAGCUGUGACUGGGGAAGGCCCGACCAUUAAAAUCACGUUGGUUGGGGCUUGAAGGGGAACUGCUCUUUUUUUUUUGGAAUGUUGCCUAUCAUUCAU